AUGACAUCGCCAGAAAGAGCUUUGAUAGAUAAUGUCCAUGGAGAUCAAGAACAGCUUAAUGAAAACUUGAUAUCCAAAAAAGAUUCAAGAUAUAGUUGGUUUGUGUGCGCUUGCGGAUUUGUUAUGCAGGUUUUUAUUCUGGGAGUCCAUCAUGCAUUCGGAGUAUUCUUUGUUGAGUUUAUAAAAGAAUUCAAGGUUUCAAAAUCUCAAGCAGCCUGGGUUGGCUCCGUUGCUUAUGGUCUGUCCAUGACCUUCGGACCAGUGGUUGGAAUCCUGUUAAAGAGAUGGGGCAACAGGAAAGUUAUGAUGACGGGUGCCUUCAUAUGUGCAAUUUCUAUAUUUGCAUCGUCCUUUGUUGUUCGUUUGUCACAGCUUUUUGGUACAUUCUCGCUGAUGUACGGAAUCGGCACUUGCAUGUGUACUCAGCCUACUAUGACAAUUGGCCCUACGUACUUUGACAGACACCUGUCUGUAGCGAUUGGUCUCAUGACUGCUGGUAGUAGUGUGGGCACUUUGGUGAUGGCACCACUGUCCCAGUGCCUUAUAGAUAAUAUUGGAUGGAGGAACACUUUCCGCGUUUUCACGGGAACGUGUCUCUGUUGUGCUUUAUGUGGAGCCUUUAUUCUACCUCUCGAUGGAAUCGACAAAAGACCAGCCAUGACCUCAGAGAGCGUGGACAUCUCGACAUUCCGGCGUGUGCUGAGGGAGCUAAGACUAUGGAAAAACAGGGUGUUUAUUGUGUGGACGCUGUCAAUAACAUCGGUCAUGUUUGGUUUCUACAUUCCGUACGUACAUCUGGUAUCGUACGCUGAAGAUAUUGGCAUCUCCCCAGAUCAAGGUUCCAUCUUCGUCAUGUUACUGGGCGCAUCCACUGCCAUAGGGAGAAUCAGUUUCGGAAAGAUUGUGCAGCUUGGCUUCCUUAACCGGAUUCACAUGCAUCAGAUAUCCAUGGUGAUCACUGGCACAGGAGUGAUGCUCCUUCCGAUGAUCAAAACAUUUUCAGGAAUAGUAGCAUAUGUUAUUGUCGUCGGUCUAGUGGAUGGAUGUUACGUUGUGCUGCUUCCGGUUCUCACAACUUCGUUGAUGGGACCAGAAAACACUGUUCUUGCCUGGUGUUUCCUCGUCGGGACAAGUUCCAUCACUUUUACCCUCGGACCACCAAUAGCAGGGGCUUUAUAUGACCUACUUGGAUCAUAUGAUGUUGCGUUCCAUUGUGCUGGAAUCCCUGUAAUAGGUGGCGCUGUGAUAUUGUUUUUCAUCCCGUGGGCCCAGCGUACUAACACGGUUUACGAGAUUCCAUCUUAUCACAUCAAUGAAUGUGCCGUCAACGAAUACGACUUCACGGAUGACCUGCUGUAUGGGCCACGUGAUACCAUACCAAUACCAUCGUCAAGUACACUCAACUCCGAGUCGGUGGCGGGGGAGCAAAGUGGCGCCCUUCACAUGUUAACCCCAACACGAGGUAUCAGGACAAGUAUGCGCAGUAGGGCCAAGUCGUACAGGGACCAAAGCACAGCUACUUCCCCUGGAUCAACCAGCCUCAUUCCUAUGGACGUGCAGAACGCGCUAGAACAGCUAGACAAAACGAGACAGAUGCUUGAACAAAUGCUUAGCAGGGACCGCGAGGACAGGAGCAAGCGUUCUGUUAGCGAGCUAAUCCAGACUCAAACUCGACGGGAGCAUACACCAUCUAACGCCGUGAGUAUCAUGUCUGUGCCGGUGGGAUUGCACAUGUCUUGCUGCAGGUGUAGACAGGAGCAACACGGUGAAGAGCCCCUCGGUGAGUUUGGUAGGGAUUGUCGUGACUUGCUGUCCCCUACCUCCACGACUCAGCUGUCGAUGGGUUCAUCCUUCCAGUCCCGGAAUCUUUCCGACUACCAGGUGAACACAGAUGUUGCAGGUGCAACUGCUGGGUACCAUACCACCGGUUGCUUGUCCCCAGAAAGGAAGGCGCAUCUUCUGUGUCCUGGUCGCUUGGCAUGUCCCAUACAACAUGGUCACUGUACACACGAGCGGCAACCAACUCACACAGAUAUCGCAGACAAAUGCGAAGGAGAAGAAUUCGACAGGGCUGUACGCAGUCAGGUGGAGAACCUGCGGGGAACUUUGUUGAGUCCAUCUAGAAAUCCCUUAUUUGGGGACAGCAAGGAGGACCUGCGCAGGGAAUCGGCAAGUGAUUUUCAGCUAAUCGAUCAGAGCGAUCUUGAGUCCGCAACAAUGCCAGUCAUCACGCAAGACACGACUUCUCACAAAAGGGAGAGUAUCCAUAGACUUUGUUCGCCAAAGCUUGAGGUGAUCGAAGAGGUUCCUGUGAACCCAACUCACGCAGACAACGCAUUAGCAAACACUGAACCUUCUUCUGAGGCUGUAGAAACCUGGCUUAGGAACUCGCCUAACUGCACCCAGAUAUCGAUCCCUAUAGACAGUGAAGACUGUCUGUCGGGUAACGAAAGCUCUCCAAAUACAGAAGUCACAGCACCUGAUACGGCGUCUAACAGGUCAAGUCCUGGCGGCGAAAUCGACGUGUUCACACACCUGUUUGAUGACAACGUCGACGAAGACGACAACGACAGUAACAAAUAA